GCUUCUUGCAUGUUUCAUUUUUUUUGAACCGAAGAAAGGGUUCCAUCACAGUCAGGGAAAACAUGGCAACUUUCAAUGAAAAGAAGACAUGCAGCGAGCGCAUGGAGAACUUUGGGCGCUUUGUAUGGAAUCCUGACACAGGGGAGCUGAUGGGAAGAACCCUGAUCAAGUGGGUGUACAUAAGUCUUUACUAUGUCGCCUUCUACAUUGUUAUGAUUGGAAUAUUUGCACUCUCUAUAUAUUCCCUGAUGAAAACCCUGAGUCCGUAUCAUCCAGACUAUCAAGAUCGACUGAAGUCCCCAGGUGUGACUGUAAGACCAAAUUCUCAUGGGGAUGACGGAUUCCAAAUCUUUUACAAUAUGACUGAUAACACGUCGUACAACCUCACUGUAUCCAACCUGUGCCAGUUUCUCUCAGUUUAUAAGGCAGAAACACAAGAGAAGAUGAACAAAAACUGUUCAAAUAACACAGAUAUCGGGAAACUGCUGAAUGCAAAGGGCCUCCCUAAGUACGCCUGUCAAUUUACUACUGAUAUGCUUGGAAACUGCUCUUACAAAAAUGACCCUACUUUUGGAUAUGCAUCUGGACAGCCCUGUGUUUUUAUAAAAAUUAAUAGGAUAAUAAAUUUUGUCCCAGGAAACGAUACAGCUCCCUAUGUGAACUGCACCUCUGAGGAAGGUGGUCUUGGCCAAGUGGAAUAUUACCCUCCUGGUGGAACCUUUGGCUUGCAGUAUUUUCCCUACUAUGGCAAGAAGGCCCAGCCAAACUACACAAACCCAUUGGUGGCAGUGAAAUUCCUUAAUGUUCAAAAGAACAAAGAACUGGAUGUUGUGUGCACAGUUGUUGGACAGGGGAUCAUCACCGAUAAUCCUCAUGAUCCCUAUGAAGGCAAAGUCUCAUUCAAGCUUAAGAUAGAAAGUUGAGUUGCACUGUCCAUAUAAAAGAUAAAGACGCAUUUGGAUGACAUAUUGAAAUGUUUAAUAGUCCACCUACUAAAGAGUGCUGCUUGCUACUGUGUUUCUGCAAGACACUGAAAAUCUAUGGAGCCAUCCUUCUACAUGAAAUGCUCACAUUACAGAUGUCACAGAAAGAAAUCCCGUGGAAACAUUUUUCUUAUUCAUACUGUUCCUUUACAGAGCAAUUAGCACUGAUAUAUAUCCUAUUGACAUAUUAUAUAAGUGGUACAUUUAGAUAUCUUCCGAAAAUAUAAAGUUGUUUUAGAGCCGUUCUUUUCAAAUUGUUUUAGUGUUUCUGAAUGUAAAUCAUUAGUGAAGUGGUCUGUAUCUGUGCAUGUUUUAGACUAUGUCCCCCAAAAAGUAAAUUAAUUGCAAAUGUGUAUUACAAGCAUGAAGAAGCGAUGAUUUAACACAAUAAUAAAAAUAAGUCCACCACCAAGACAGUGCACAA